UAAAGUUAAGUUAUCUCAUGCCUGAUCCUGUUUUUUGGUCCUGUUUUCUCUGGUGUUUUACAGAUAAAUGCAUCAGUUACCAGUGUGAAGUGGUUUAAGGAAAUGAAUGAUGGAUUUAAACCUCUUGUUUGCGUUUAUUAGCUGUACUAUUUCUUGCUGUGCAGGUCCUUAUAUUUCUAGACGAGUAAGAGUUCAUCAUGGCAAACAACUCACCAUUCACAAUUACAGCGUUUGGAUCCGUAAAAGCAGCGGAUGCUUUUGGAACUAAGAAAGAAUCCAAUGAGCCGCUCCAGACCUCCAUUCCUCGUUUCACUUUGGGAUCAGGAUUUACAGUCCCAGCCGACAAAAGUCCUGAGUCAGAACGCGGCAGCCCAGAAGUGGUAUCUCAAGGUAAAAAGGAAAAUAAAGUUCUGUGGGGUCUGAAACUGCUGGGUAGCCCGUGGAGGGCGGGGACCUGGACUCCAGCUGCCAAAGAGGAACUGAUGGAGAGGAUUAAAUCGUACAAACCGGCCUGUGACGGCGUAACCGAGGCCAGAGUGCUGCUGCUGGGUCCGGUCGGGGCCGGAAAGUCCAGCUUCAUCAGUUCGGUGCAGUCGGCCUUUUCUGGACGCGUCCUGAACCGAGCCAUGGUGGGCUCGUCCACUUCCUCAAGCUUUACAAAGAAGCUGCAGUCGUUCACUAUCAGGUCGAGCGCUGAGGGAUCAGACUGCACCUCUCUGGUUCUGUGUGACACCAUGGGUAUCGGACAGGGCAACGCUACAGGACUGAGCAUUUAUGACGCCCUGUGUGUUAUUAAAGGACACGUCCCGGAGGGUCAUCAGUUCUGUGCAGAGGAGCCGGUCAGAUCUGAAACUGUGGGCUUCAUAAGGAAACCAAGCCUGAAGGACAAGAUUCACUGCGUGGUGUUUGUGGUGGAUGCAAACAAGAUCCACUCGUACCCUCACACACUGAGCUCUACGUUCCAGCAGCUCCGAGAGCACAUCAGCAAACUGGGUGUGCAUCAGGUGGCUUUGCUGACUCACGUGGACGAAGUGUGUUCUGAGACGAGCCGAGACGUCAGCAACGUGUACAGGAGCCCCAACAUUCUGCAACUGAUGACAAAGGCCGGGACGCUGCUGGGCAUGGCGACUUCCUACAUCGUACCGGUGAGGAACUACUCGUCUCAGUUGGAGCUGAACGAGAACAUGGACAUCUUACUGCUCGGUGCCGUCGAUCACAUCCUCCAGUACGUCAACCUGCACUUCCAGGACAGCGCUGCUGAAAAUAAAGCCGCCUAAAGUGGUUCAGAAGUAAACAAGGGUGACAAUUUCAAGAAAAACCAAGAAGAGCUGCGCGGAUUUGCGAUGAUUCUCAAGCUGUAAUACCAGCACCAUUAGUGGCAUAUAAAACACCCCCAGAGGGUUUGCCAAACAAGAGUGGGAAAUGUGCUGCAUGCAUGAAAAAGAAUACAUUAAAUAUAUAAGAUGUCACUUAUAAAAUCUUUAUAAAAAUAUAUAGACUAAGAGGUAGAGUUUGUUGGUUUUGCUCUAAUCAGGUGAUACUUGGUCCAUCAUUCAGUGAUACUUGAAGUUCAUCAUUCAGCACCGUAACGUUCUCUUAGUGUGUGCAAACACACAUACAACCAAAAACAUGAAACAUGAGCCAGUGACCAAAGCGCCUGUAAUUUGUUCCCCAAUUAUGAAAAUUCGUUUUUGCUCUUUAUAAAAUGACUGUCACUUGCCAGCUUGAUCCAUAGUCAUGGUCAACUGACGUCAAUUGAUAAAAUUUAUUGUUAUUAUUAUUAUUAAUAUUAUUAUUAUGCAAAACAACUUGACCAGAAGCAUCUGUCCUUGUUAUGUUUCUCCACUUCUUGGUUCAGGUUUUACUUUAAUUUGUUAAUGUCUUAUUAAAAAUUAGCAUUAAUUUUUUAUAUGAAUCUUUAUUAAUUUUGAGGUGUUCUCUACAGUGUGUUUUUUUCUAUACCAUGUGCUAACCUUUAACAUCAGCAUGGUCUAAUUAUGCAUUUGUAAACUGCAUUAGCCCACUACUGCUGGGAUCAAGGUUUUGAAUCCUUAGCAGUGCAAUCAACCGGCUGGCAGGCCGGUGUUUACAUACAGAGCCAGAAUUGUUUACAGUUAAAUAAGGACAAAACAGAGUUUGUGGUGUUUGGCAGCAAAGAAAAGAGGUCUAGUGUCAGUGAGCGCCUCAGUUCCCGGGCUCUAAAAACCAAAGACCAAGUCCGAAAUCUUGGCGUUCUAAUAGACUCAGAUCUUACAUUCACCAGCCAUAUUAAAACCAUCACCAAAACAGCCUUCUACCAUCUUCGAAAUAUAGCCAAAAUCAAGGGUCUAGUGUGCCAACAAGACCUAGAGAAGCUGAUCCAUGCUUUUAUCUCCAGUAGGGUGGACUAUUGUAAUGGUCUCUUAACUGGACUUCCCAAAAAGACCAUUAAACAGUUACAGCUCAUUCAGAACGCUGCUGCUAGAGUUUUAACUAAGACGAAGAGAACUGAGCACAUCACUCCAGUUCUAAAAUCUCUACACUGGCUUCCGGUUAGUUACAGAAUAGAAUUUAAAGUGCUGCUACUGGUCUAUAAAUCACUGAAUGGGUUCGGCCCGGAAUACAUCUCAGAUAUGUUUAGAGAAUAUAAACCUAGUAGAUCUCUUAGAUCCAUGGACUCAGGUCAGCUAGUUGAGCUCAGAGUCCAAACUAAACAUGGUGAAGCAGCAUUUAGCUGUUGGGCUGCAUAUAACUGGAACAGACUGCAGGAGAUAUUAUAUGUUCCGCAAAUGUAGAAAUGUUUAAAUCCAGGUUAAAAACUUUUCUUUUUUCUUGUGCCUAUGAUUGAGCUCGAAAUUUUUGCUAUUACCAUAUUUCUUUUAGUUUUUCAUGCUUUUAAUAAUUAUUUUUAUAUAUUUGUAGGGUAUAUUUUACAAUAUUUUCUUUUAAUUUUUCAUGUUCUUAAUUUUUAUCUCUCUUGUUUGAAUUUCAUGUUGUCUUAAUUGUAACUAAAUGUUUGCAAGAAGUCUUUCUGAGGUUCUAGAUCUCAGGAAUGUUUUAAUGCUUUUAAUUUUUCCUUAUGUAAAGCACUUUGAAUUGCCACUGUGUAUGAAAGGUGCUAUACAAAUAAACUUGCCUUGCCUACAGAGGCCCUGCAAUGGAUUGGUGUCCUGCCCAGGGUGUCAUUGGUGUCAUUGAACCAGGUGAUUUUGAAGAAAUCAGAUUCAAGAAGAAAACAAAAUUCUAGUAGUACUAGUCCAACUUUCUAGGUAUUAACAUAACAUGGCUUACUGUUUCAUCUUUGGCUACUUGCAGAUUUAUAAAUGAGUUCUGUUUUUACCAGCAUCAUUUCAUCUUUCAUCUUUCUUAAUUUAAAAGCAUUUAGGGUCCUAAAUCUAUUUCUCUGCACUACUGAAGUUAAAAGUUUAUCUACUAUUUUAAUGAUUUUGAUAUAACUGCGACUGUUUCUAUGACUAAAUGAUUGUAACUUUUUUUUUAAAGUUUAUUAAAAACAAAUCUGCUGGCGGGCUUUUUCUGGAGAUAAUGUAUUUACAUAUUUUAGUAUAUUAUAAAUAAA